UGCCCAGCUCCCCAAACUCCGUCUCAAGCGCUGGGGUUCGGGGUGGGGGGCAUUGGUCCAAUCCUUCACAGCCUUGUUUGGUUUCGUUUCGGGGUGUCACUGGGUUUCAACUUCCCUCAAGUCGAAAAUCCCCCUCCCCGCUCCUGAGGCUAAAAUCACACCCCGCUUUGCCCCAGGCCCAUCUGGGAACCUCCAACAACGCCUGCCGCUCCCACUUCGCUUCCCGCUUCGGCCUCCGGAUCCUGCCUGGCCCAUUCGACCCCCGACCCCGAACAUCAAAACCCUGGAAGCCCGACAGGCCAAGAAAUCCCAGCGGGCCGCGGUCAAAGAUCCCAGUCCGGGCAAGUCCUGUCUCGGGGAAGACCCACAGCCAGGAGGAUCCACCACUGCCCUUAAAACGAGCGGAUCCCGGGAUAAAUUUUUCACGAAAGGGUUUCCCGGCCGGUUUAGCAUCCGCAAGUUGUUCUCGGAGAAGGCGAAACGCUCUGGCCGGCGUUCAAUGGGACCAGUGGGUCGGAAACGGCCUUCAAAUCCACGCAGGGUUUCGCAGGCUGCUGGAUUCCUCUCCAGCCAGAUUUGGCCAGCGAGUGGGGUUAUUGUUUGUUUAAUCGAUCCCACACACCCCCUGAUUCUUACAGAGAAAUCCCACUUCCCAGGCCCCAAACGCUGCCGGACUGCCUGGCCUCGGGGCCCCGAGGAAAACCCAGCCGGCCUGGUCCGAGGGGCGAAAUUGCCAGCGUUGGGGCUCAAGUCCCUUUCCCACCCCAAACCGAUUUCCAAUGCAUCCCCAAUGCAUCGGAUGAAGUGAGCCGGAGCUCACGAAAGCUUACGCUCAAAUAAACUGGUUAGUCCCUAAGGUGCCACAAGUCCUCUCCUGUUCUUUUUGCGGAUACAGACUAACACGGCUGCUCCUCUGAAACAUUUCUAACCCAAAGCCACCUUGCCCUACACGCAGGCACACAAGGAACCUGGCUGGGCAUUUGACAAACAAAUCGCAGCUUGGAGACAUUGCUCGCUUUCCUCGCGGCGCAAAGCGGCUCGGGAAAAGGACCCUGAUUUCUCUCUCUUUUUUUUUUUCCCCUCGAGAAGCGAACUGUGUCUCUGAUCAGUCCUGACAGGGAAGCGGAGAGGCCUGCAAAAUAUUCCUGUCUUCAAGCAACCCUUGCCGGCUGGCUCUGCGGAUUUAUUUGUGUGCACGCUACUCAUUGGGGAGGAUUUUAGACCUGAAUCCUGACUCCACAUCUUCUUUAAAGUCCAGGCUCCAGAUCCUAGCCUGUGUGUGUGUGUCUGUGUGUGUCUGUGUGUGUGCGCGCCCCUGUCUCUCUUUCUCUUCUCCAGUAUUUCCCAUUCACCGCUUCUCUUCUCCUGCUCCUCCUCCUUUCUGCUUACUCCCAUUCUCUCUCCUCAUCUCUGGAGUUACUCAAUGCUGAACCUUCAAAAAAAAAGAGAAAGAAAAGAAGAAGAAGAAAAAAAAUCUCACCAAAGACCAGGAGUCCAGGGGGGGCUUUCAAAUGAAUUCCUUCCCCCUCCCUCCUUUCCUUGUGUCUUACAACAGUGUGUCCUCCCCGCUCAGGAGAUCAGACCAGAAAGACACACACAAGAGACGGGGAGGCAAUCUCUCUCUGUGUGUGUGUGUGUGUCUAGAUGUAUUUUUCGCCAAGGUUGCAGAUGGCAUUAGGAUCUUGAAGGAAAAACAACACACACACACACACACAAAACCGCCCCCCUCCCCAAACUUUCCAGUUCUGGCAUGAAAAAUCCAGGCGGGUGGGGGGAAAAAAAAAUCCAUAAAACUUUACCCAGCCUAGGGUUUGCAGAGGGGAGCAAAGUCUAAGAGUUUGGGAGCCUCUUGAUUUUUGUGUGUGUGUGUGAAAGAGAGACUCUCAAGAAGAAAACACAGAGGAGGGGUAAAAAAAAAUUCCCUUUCCUUUGCAAUCAUGGCAUUGAGGACUUCAUUGCUUGGAAUCUAUGUAGGGUUACUGUUUUCCUUGCUGGAACUGUGGAUUAUUUCGGGUGUUAGCUUGGAGCCUAUAUACUGGAAUACAGCAAACAAAAAGUUCCAGGCGGCGGGCGGCUACGUCCUCUACCCGCAGAUCGGCGACCGGCUGGACCUGAUCUGCCCCCGCUCCAGCCCGCCGGGCCCCUUCUCGGCGGAGGAGUACGAGUAUUACAAGCUGUACCUGGUGCCGGGCGAGCAGGCCCGGGCGUGCGAGAUCCUGCGGGCCCCCAACCUGCUGCUGACGUGCGACCGGCCCGAGCACGACGUGCGGUUCACCAUCAAGUUCCAGGAGUUCAGCCCCAACCUGUGGGGCCACGAAUUCAAGAGCAACCAGGAUUACUACAUCAUCACCACGUCAGACGGCACCAAGGAGGGGCUGGAGAACCUGAAGGGCGGCGCCUGCCUCUCUAAGGGGAUGAAAGUCGUCCUGAAAGUGGGGCAGCGUGCUGGGAACGCGACGGGCCCGGCGGGGGGCGCCAACGGGCCCUUGCCCCAGUCCAACGUGCCCGUGGUGGCCGGGGCGGCGGGGGGCGCUGCCUUCGUGGCCCUGGUGGCGGCGGGCGUGACGGGGGCCAUUUGCUGGCGCCGGCGGCGGGCCAAGCAGAGCGACACCCACCUCCCGCCUCUCUCGCUCAGCGGCCUGACCAGCCCCAAGCGGGGGGCCGGCCCGGGGGGGAACAACAACGGGUCGGAGCCCAGCGACAUCAUCAUCCCGCUACGGACCUCGGACGGGGCCUUCUGCCCCCACUACGAGAAAGUGAGCGGGGACUACGGGCACCCCGUCUACAUCGUCCAGGAGAUGCCCCCCCAGAGCCCCGCCAACAUCUACUACAAAGUGUGAGGGGGAAGGGGGGCCCGGGCCCACCCCGGCGCUGGCUAUGGACUUACGCCUCACCCCCCCCCAAUACGGACAGCCCCCCGCCCCGACGCUGACGGAGAUGGGUGCCCCCCACCCCCGAUUCUUCCUCGUGUAAAGAGCCCCCGGCACUGACAGGGUUAAAGCAGAGGGGGGACCCUGUACUCUGGCGCUGACAGGGUUAAUGGGGGCCAAGGGGGUCCCUGCACCAUUCUCCUCUCUGGCACAGAUAUUGGGGGGGGCUUGGAGCUGGUCCCUUCCCCAGCUCCGCUCCCCACAUCCCUACAAUCCUGUCCAGGCCAGGUCCUGUCUCCCCCAACCUCAGCUCCACCAGGAGUGCAGGGGGGGGCCUGUGGGGUCAGAGGCGAAGGUCAGGAGCAGCUGUGUUACGUCUCGGGGUGGGGUGGGGGGAGAUCGGCUCUCUUCAGGAGAUUCCCCCCUGUCCUAAGGGCUGGUGGGGGCAGUUUUAUCUCCCGCCCUCCCUUCCAGUCCCUGUUCACGUGGAGUGGGGGAGGGGAUUCGAGGGAGGGGCAAAAAGUUUGGUUAUUUCAACCAUUGGGGCCCCCCGGGACCUUUUUCUACGUCGCCAUUUGAAAAUGUGACUCAACAAAAUGGCCGCGUCCCCCCGAUCAGAGAGACGUUUUUGCCUGUUGGGGGACCAGGUACAGAGGUUCGGGAGCGGACUCGUCAUUUUACAAAAAAACCUCCACCCCCCCACCCCCCAUUCAGCAAAAAGUGAACUUGAAGCCACAA